AUGGACCCUUCCCCCUCUCACGGGCCCCCAGGCAACACCCACGUGCAGGUGGUGGUGAAGGAGAAGCUGCCCGAGGAGGCCGAGCAGAAGCUGCCCGAGGAAGACCGGCAGCAGCUGCUGAAGAAACACCAGACCCUCAGCAAGGGCAUGAGCCUGGCCGUCUGCUACUCCGCCAGCAUCGGCGGCAUCGCCACCCUGACAGGCACCACCCCCAACCUGGUGAUGAAGGGGCAGAUGGACGAGCUCUUCUGCCGCAAUGACAACGUGGUGAAUUUUGCCUCCUGGUUCACCUUCGCCUUCCCAGCCAUGCUGGUGCUGCUGGUCCUCUCCUGGCUGUGGCUGCUGGUGAUGUUCCUCGGCGUGGACUUCAAAAAGAACUUCGGCUGCGGCAGCAGUGAGGCGGAGAAGCAGAAGUUGGACCAGGCCUACAGCAUCAUCCGGAGCGAGUACCGGGCGUUGGGCCGCAUGAAGUUCUCCGAGGGGGCCGUCCUUGCCCUCUUCAUCGUCCUGGUGGUCCUUUGGUUCACCCGGGAGCCUGGCUUCAUGCCCGGCUGGGCCAACGCCCUCUUCAGCCAGAAGGGGAAGAGCCACAUCACGGACGCCACCGUGGUCAUCUUCAUCUCACUGCUGAUGUUCGUGAUCCCCUCCGAACUGCCCAGCUGUCGUAAGGCCCAGCAGGAAGGCGGCUCUGGGCAGAUCCGCGCGCCCCCCGCCCUCCUGGACUGGACCACCGUCAACCGGCACAUGCCCUGGAACAUCGUCAUCCUCCUGGGAGGGGGCUUCGCCUUGGCCAAAGGCAGCGAGGUCUCGGGCCUCUCCGGCUGGCUGGGGGACAAGCUGACGCCGCUGCAGAGCAUCCCGCACCCGGCCAUCACCUUCAUCCUCUGCCUGCUCGUAGCCGUCUUCACCGAAUGCACCAGCAACGUCGCCACCACCACCCUCUUCCUGCCCAUCCUGGCCUCCAUGUCCCAGGCCAUUGAGCUGAACCCCCUCUACGUGAUGCUGCCCUGCACCCUCGCGGCCUCCCUGGCCUUCAUGCUGCCGGUGGCCACCCCGCCCAACGCCAUCGUCUUCUCCUACGGCAACCUCCGCGUCAUCGACAUGGUCAAAGCCGGGUUCAUGCUGAACAUCCUGGGCGUCCUGACCAUCAUGCUGGCCAUCAACACCUGGGGGAUACCCAUGUUCAACCUGGACCAGUUUCCAGCCUGGGCACACGCCAACGCCACCCAAUGCUGACGGGAGGAAGAGGGUCACAGCUUGCCUGGCCCUGAGCUGGUUUCUUGGGCAUCCCGUUGCCUCGCCUCUGGGGGCACGACGUAGCUCAGGCUGGCCCAGCCCUUGAGGAUGGGCAUUGAGACUCUGAGCACCUUUGGGCACCAGCCUCCCUUGCGCUGAAGGAUGCCCGGCCUGCCGCGUGCCAGCGAGCGAGAAUUUAUUUCCUGCCUAAACAGCACGCGGUCAGCAACCCUGGAGGCGGCCUGGUGCAAGGCUUGGGGGGGCUGCCAAUGUGCCCGCUUGUGGAGCAGCUUCUGCAGGGCAUCCCUGUGCCAGCCACAGUCAUUCUCAAAGUUCCCCCCUCCAGGCCAGGCCUCCAACAUCUGGAUGCAGCUGCAUGCCCAGACCCCGGCUUGGCGUUCCCCUCUCAGCUGGGCUGCAGAGUCUCAGGCCAGGGCCGGCCCCUGGGCUCCCUCCAGACACAAGGAGACCGGUACAGCUUGCCCGGCCUGGUCAAAUAUACCGGUUUCCAGCCACUCCUUCCUGGGCAGAUGCCACUUUGUGGGAAUUUGAAACUCCCUCUUUUCGGUUGUAGCUUUGGUCACUAAACGAACAGUUAUAAGUCAAGGACUGCUGUAGCCCGGGGGGGUGUGUCACAAAAGGGCCUUUUCCUUCCCCCGGCUCAGCAGGAGGGAGGUGGCCUCUCAACUCCGGCGGUCCUUGGAUGAAACCGAUUAUCUGGACUCCUUUCAGUCGGGAUUCAGGCCUGGCUACAGCACGGAAA